UUUUAUUCGUUAUUCCAUUGGCUAUUGUGUUAUGUAGUAGUCUGUAGUGUAAACCAACUGCCGUUAGUGGUUGGCUCAUUUUCAUUAUCAAUUCGUUUAUGUUACCCACGUGUUUAUAUUGUUUUAGAAAAACUUUUUUCGAUUUUUACUUAAUUAUUUUAAUUUUCUUCUUCAACUUAGGUACCAAAUCUUUAGUAUAAGUGUAACAUGGCAGAAUUAAUACAGGACGAUAAAAAAGUGAAUGUAUUGGUACGCGAAAUCGAGUUCACUAAAUUGGUAGCGUCCAAUGAUCCAAAAACCAGAAACGAAGGAUUAAAAAAAUUGAAAUCGCUUAUACAACUUCAUUCGGGCGAUUCCGAAGAUGCAUUUGAUUUAAAUGAUUAUUUACGAUUAUGGAAAGGCUUAUUCUACUUUAUGUGGAUGUCGGAUAAACCAUUACCUCAGGAAGCUGCUACCGAAAAGAUAAGUAAUCUUUUUCACAGCUGCACAUCCACCCAUGGUAAAGCACUCUUUUUAGAAGCCUUUUUUCUUACUAUCAAAGACGAUUGGAUGUCUAUUAGUCAACACCGAAUCGAUAAAUUCAUGAUGUUGGUGAGACGUUUUUUAAGACAAAUGUUUGUGACUUGUGUUAAUUCCAAUUGGGAUUUAAAAUAUAUGGAAAAGCUAAAUGUUAUUUUUUAUAAUGCUCUUAAAUCAUUUACCUUAAGUUUGAGAUGUCAUGUUCAAGAAAUAUUUCUAGAAGAACUUGCAAAGGUGAGUAGAGGAGUAGUGCCUUCAGAAGCAUUAGUCAUAAUUUUAGAUGCAUUUUUACAUUAUGUAUCUGAGCUAAAUGACUCUAGGCUAAUAAGAGAAGUCACUGAAAAUGUUUUUAAAAAUCUUCUAUCCCAAUCUCCGGAUGUAGAAAUUUUAGAAGCUAAAUUUCUAGCAUGGCGUAAAAUGGGUAAACCAGGACGAUCGUACAAUGAUUUAGAAUUAGUUGAAGGUGAUAUAGAAAAUGGCGAUUCAAAUGAUCAAAACAACGAUGGACCACUAGAUCCUCGAGCUGGAAAUAUUAGUGUUGAAAUACCACGCAUUAAGUUUAAUCCAAAAUCUAUAGCCCAACUAUUGCACAGAUAUGUCACUGAAGUAGAUUGUACAAGAAAGAGUUUAUUAGAGUUAACCAAGCUACUAAAAUAUUACAAUCGUCUCAAAGAAGGAGUUUUACCUUUUAAACCAAAAGAUUUAAAAUUAAACAGUCUAGUUCUAAAACGUAAUAAAAAGAAGCAUUUAUCAAAACUUGUCAAAGAAGGUGUAAAGAAGUUGGAAAUGGUGGACCGGAAAUUGAAAAAAAACCGUAGAACUGUUUUAGAUGAUCAUAAAAGUUUAAAAGAACUUAAUAAAUUAGGCGAAAUCAUAAUAGAACAUGGAAAAAUUGGGAAAUCAAUUUGGAAAGUAAGAAAACUAGUCGAAAACAAUGCAUCUAAAGAAAAUGUAAGUUUAAAUAGUUCAUGGACUGUAUCUGAAGAAACCGAAAAUAAAGAAGAAAGUAAAUCUAAUGAUAUUGAAGACGAAAUUCCAGUAUUGGUCCCUGCUGGUUUUAAUGUUGAAGUCACUGAUGAUUCUCCUAAUAAAACAGCUCCGGUCCAAGAAAAAAUUGUAACUAAUGUAUUAGACCAAAAUGAUGUAAAGGACACAACUCCAAAACAUAAGAAAGAAACGCCUAUUAAAAGCCCCAAAGUUAUUGAUAGUGGAAAUAAUACAUUGGAUGAAAAUAAUAAACAAUCUAAUGACUUGGUUUUAAAAAAAAUCAAAAGGCGAUCUGAUGAAAUCAGAGCUAACACGAGUUUUAAUAGUAGUUGGAGUGUAACACAAGAUGAUGAAAUAAAGUCAAGUCCCAAAUCUCCUAAUAAAUCUGCAGGGUCUGGCUUUUCAGAAAGUAUCGAAACCGAGUCUAUUCACAAUAAUAGUGGAUCAAAAUCAAUGAUAGACAAUGAUUAUGACUUGCAAAGUUUAAAUGAGAAAAAUAAAGAUGAAAAUUGUAUAAAGCGCAAAUCUACAUCUCCGGGUAAAGUAACUUCAGUUAUUAAAAGUCCUAAAAUUUCAAUGAGCCCUAAAAAUGCAAUGAGUCCCAAAAGUCCAAAGAGUCCAACCCCAGAGAAAAGAGUUUUAAGAAGAAGAACGAUUAUUAUACCAAAAAAAAAACCAAGCGAAGAUCAAGCUGAGAGUACACCUAAGAGAAAAACCAAGGAUCCAUCGUCAACCGCAGCAUUGCGUAAAAGAAGGAAGACUAUUGCUGGAGAAGAUAUAAGUAUGUUAAAACCGGAUGAAAUUUCAAAUAAAGCUCUAGAAAAAGUGCGAAGUGAAGCUUUUGAUGGUUUUAACACUCCAAGAAAGAGCUCUAGAUUGUCUAUUAAAACCGAUUCUGCUAAAAAAAGGGUUGAAUUUCAAUUGAAAAAUAAUAUUGAACAAGAAUUCAAUGAGUAUGAAACGACAUUGGUCACAAAACCAGAAAACCCACACGAUGCCGGCAAACAACCUGCAUGUGGUGUAUUAAAGUCAACUCCAGACGCAAAUCGUAUAAAUCCGUUUUAUAAGUUCCAUGAUCGAUCUGUUAAAAAGAAUUCGAGAAAAUCCAUCAUUUAACUUAUUGAACUUAAUUUGUUUUUUUUUUUUUUUUUAAUUGUUCCGUGACAUUUGUUAUGCGUAGGACCAAUUAUUUUUAAAAAUAACUUUAAGUGUACUUCAAUAUACUUACAGUUCUUUAUAAUUCUUACAUAAUUGACUUUGAAAUUUAACAAUUAUCUUAAAAUUAUUAAAUUAUUAAUUGAGAACAAUUAAAACU